CUUUGGCGUAUACAGAUGGGUGCUUUGGAAAGACCAGGGGUCCGAAUUGGAACCAUCAAGGACUAAGGCAUAAAUGGCCACUGAGAGUCAGAGUUUAUGCACCAGAAUCAUGCAAGCCCCUGGCAGCCACCACAGAAGAGCUUGGUGUCCCAGCUUCAAACUCCGAGAGGUGGCAUCCAUGUACUGCACCAUGGUGGCCAUUUUCUUCAUCAUCCUGGUGGCAGCUUUGCAGGGCACAGCUCCUCGAGAGAAUCAUUUCCCUUACAAGGUCCCCCUGGACCCCGAGGGCAUCUUGGAGUUGUCCUGGAAUAUCAGCUAUACAGAGGAGGUGAUUUACUUCCAACUCCUAAUCAAGGAGCUAAAAUAUGGGGUGAUUUUUGGGAUGUCCGACCGGGGUGAGUUUGACAAUGCCGAUCUAGUCGUGCUCUGGAGUAAUGGAGAAAAUUCCUAUUUUGGGGAUGCAUGGAGUGAUGCAAAGGGGCAGAUCCAUCUUGAUUCCCAACAGGAUUACCAGCUUUUCAAAGCUCAGAAGACUUCUAGAGGACUCUUCCUUCUUCUUAAGAGGCCCUUCAGCACCUGUGACCCUAGAGAUUAUCUCAUUGAGGAUGGCACCAUACACUUGGUGUAUGGGUUUCUUGAUGAGCCAUUCCCUUCCCUGGAGGCCAUCAACACAUCUGCCAUUCAGAAGGGGCUUCAACGAGUACAGCUUCUAAAGCCUAACAUCUCCAUCCCUGAAAUGCCUCCUGAUGUGAACACCAUGGAAAUAACAGCCCCAAAUGUCACCAUUCCCAACCAAGAAACAACGUACUGGUGCUACAUAAAAGAACUCCCAGAUGACUUUUCUCGGCAUCAUAUUGUCAUGUACGAGCCCAUCAUUACCAAGGGCAAUGAAGCCCUCGUCCACCACAUGGAGGUCUUUCAAUGUGCUGCGGAGUUUGAGACCUUCCCACACUUCAAUGGGCCCUGUGAUUCAAAGAUGAAACCUGAACGGCUGAACUACUGCAGACACGUGUUGGCUGCCUGGGCCUUAGGAGCCAAGGCAUUUUACUACCCGGAGGAAGCUGGUCUUGUUUUUGGAGGCCCAGGAUCUUCAAAAUAUCUCCGCCUGGAGGUUCACUAUCACAACCCUCUUGAGAUAAAAGGCCGCCGUGACUCCUCAGGCCUCCGCUUGUAUUACACACCUACCCUGAGGCCAUUCGAUGCUGGGAUCAUGGAGCUGGGCCUCGUAUACACCCCUGUGAUGGCUAUCCCACCCAAAGAGACUGACUUCGUCUUGACUGGCUAUUGCACUGAUAAAUGUACUCAACUGGCUUUGCCAGAGUCUGGGAUCCACAUCUUUGCUUCCCAGCUCCACACUCAUCUCACAGGGAGGAAGGUGAUCACGGUCAUAGCUCGAGAAGGAAUAGUGACAGAGAUUGUGAAUAGGGAUGACCACUACAGCCCCCAUUUCCAGGAAAUCCGAAUGUUAAAGAAAAUUGUGUCUGUUCUCCCGGGUGAUGUGCUCAUUACUUCUUGCACAUACAACACAGAAUCCAGAGAGCGGGCAACUGUGGGUGGGUUUAGCAUCACAGAAGAAAUGUGUGUGAAUUACGUGCACUACUACCCACAGACGCAGCUGGAAUUAUGUAAGAGUGCUGUGGACCUUGGCUACUUACAGAAGUAUUUUCACCUUGUCAACAGGUUUAACAAUGAAGAUAUCUGUACCUGCCCCAAGUCUUCUGUCCAAGAGCAAUUUGCUUCAGUCCCUUGGAACUCAUUCAACCGGGAUGUGCUCAAGUCCCUGUAUGACUUUGCCCCCAUUUCCAUGCACUGCAACAAAUCCUCGGCCGUCCGGUUCCCAGGUGAAUGGGAAAGGCAGCUUUUACCGGAGAUCAAGGCUGGACUAGAAGAGGUUACUCCACGAUGCCAGGCCACUCCAGGACUGUCACCUGCUUCCCCUGCACUGGUCAACAUUGAAGGGAAAAAAGGCUAG